CGCGCCUCUGGCCCGCAGACCCCGAGGACGCGGCCAUGCCGGGCGGGGCCGAGGCCGGCGAGGCCGAGGAGGAGGCUGGGGCCGGCUCCGGGUCCGAGGCGGAGGAGGACGCUCUGUGGGAGCGGAUCGAGGGCGUCCGGCACCGGCUCACUCGCGCCCUCAACCCGGCCAAGCUGACGCCCUAUCUGCGCCAGUGCCGGGUCAUCGACGAGCAGGACGAGGAGGAGGUGCUGAGCACCUACCGCUUUCCGUGCCGCGUCAACCGCACCGGGCGCCUGAUGGACAUCUUGCGCUGCCGUGGCAAGAGGGGUUAUGAGGCCUUCCUGGAAUCGCUGGAGUUCUACUACCCCGAGCACUUCACGCUGCUCACGGGCCAGGAACCUGCCCAGCGCUGCUCCAUGAUCCUUGAUGAGGAGGGGCCAGAAGGCCUGACCCAGUUCCUGAUGACGGAGGUGCGCCGGCUGCGGGAGGCUCGCAAGAGCCAGCUGCAGCGGGAGCAGCAACUGCAGGCUCGGGGCCGGGAGCUGGAGGAGGAGCGGGCGAGUCUGGAGCAGCGGCUGCGGGACCAGCAGCAGGCGCAGGAGCGCUGCCAGCGACUGCGGGAGGACUGGGAGGCGAGCAGCCUGGAGCUGCUGCGGCUCAAGGACGAGAACUACAUGAUCGCCAUGCGCCUGGCACAGCUCAGCGAGGAGAAGAACUCGGCGGUGCUGCGCAGCCGGGACCUGCAGCUGGCGGUGGACCAGCUGAAGCUCAAGGUGAGCCGGCUGGAGGAGGAGUGCACCCUGCUGCGGAGGACCAGGGGACCGCACCCCGGGGCCGAGGACAAGGAGAAGGACAAGGAGCCAGACAGCGUGGACCUGGUCUCCGAGCUGCGCGCCGAGAACCAGCGGCUGACCACGUCCCUGCAGGAGCUUCAGGAAGGCCUGCAGCAGGAAGCGAGCAGGCUGAGGGCCCCGGGCUCAGAGCGCAUCCUCCUGGACAUCCUGGAGCAUGACUGGCGGGAGGCUCAGGACAGUAGGCAGGAGCUGUGCCAGAAGCUACACGCCAUGCAGGGGGAGCUGCAGUGGGCUGAGGAGCUGCGGGACAAGUAUCUGCAGGAAAUGGAGGACCUGAGGCUGAAGCAUCGCACGUUGCAGAAGGACUGCGACCUGUACAAGCACCGCAUGGCCACGGUCCUGGCCCAGCUGGAGGAGAUCGAGAAGGAGAGGGACCAGGCCAUCCAGAGCCGUGACCGGAUCCAGCUGCAGUACUCCCAGAGCCUCAUUGAGAAGGACCAGUACCGCAAGCAGGUGCGGGGCUUGGAGGCUGAGCGGGACGAGCUGCUGACCUCGCUUACCAGCCUGGAGGGCACCAAGGCCCUGUUGGAGGCACAGCUGCAACGGGUCCAGGGCGGCCCCUGCCUCAAGGCUUGUGCCUCCUCCCAUUCCCUGUGCUCCAACCUCAGCAGCACCUGGAGCCUCAGUGAGAUCCCCCCGCUGCUGGGAGGCCCGGAAGCAGCUGGGGAGGCGGCUGUCAUGGGGGGAUCUGAGCCGCAUACCUCGGAGGAGGCCACAGACAGCGAGAAGGAGAUCAACCGGCUGUCCAUCCUGCCCUUCCCCCCAAGCGCUGGCUCCAUCCUCCGCCGGCAGCGUGAGGAGGACCCUGCACCCCCGAAGAGGUCCUUCAGCAGCAUGUCUGACAUCACAGGGAGUGUGACGCUUAAACCCUGGUCUCCGGGCCUCUCCUCGUCCUCAUCCUCCGACAGUGUGUGGCCUUUGGGGAAGCCUGAUGGCCUCCUGGCCAGAGGCUGUGGCCUGGAUCUCCUUAACAGGUCCCUGGCCAUCCGGGUGUCUUGCCGGAGCCCCCCGGGGGGCCCUGAGUCCCAGGACAAGGGCCCAGAUGGCCUGUCGUUCCUUGGGGACAGCUGGUCCGGGGCUGUCGUGCGGAGGGUGCUCUCUGGACCAGGGUCUGCCAGGGUGGAGUCCAGAGAGCCAAGGGCUGAAGCUGCUGGCCUGGAGGGGGCAGGCCUGGAAGGUGAGGUCCAGCAGAGAACCUUGCCCUGGAAUCAGGUGUCCACGCUCCCCUUCCUGAUGGACUUCAAGGCCUCUCAGUCCUUCCACGAAGCCCUAGAUGCCUGGACAAGGGGGCUGAGCACCGAGCCCUUCUAUAUUCGAGCCAACCUCACCCUGCCCGAGCGAGCAGACCCUCAUGCCCUGUGUGUGAAAGCCCAGGAGAUCCUGCGUCUGGUGGACCCAGCAUACAAGCGGCGGCAGGAGUGGUUCUGCACCCGGGUCGACCCCCUGACGCUGCGGGACCUGGACCGGGGCACUGUGCCCAAUUACCAGAGAGCCCAGCAGCUCCUGGAAGUUCAGGAGAAAGGCUUGCCCUCCAGCCGCCACCGAGGGUCCCGGAGUAAUCUGAAGAAGCGAGCCCUGGACCAACUCCGGCUGGUGAAGCCCAAACACGGGGGAAGCCCCGCGGGGGAUUCUUCAGAGCCGCUGCUGCUGGAGCACUGCUCAGAGCCCGAGCGAAGCCUCAAACCCUACAGCCUGGUGCGGCCCCUGCUUGUGUCCGCUCUGCGGCCCGUGGUGCUCCUGCCCGAGUGCCUGGCACCCCGGCUCAUCCGCAACCUGCUCGACCUGCCCAACUCCCGGCUGGACUUCCAAGUGUGCCCGGCGGAAAGCCUGUCUGGGGAGGAGCAGUGCUCAUCCUCAGCACCCGGAGCCCCCAAGGCGCAGCCCGCUACGCCUGGGCUGGGCAGGAGGCUCCGCGCCAUCCAGGAGUCUGUCGGGAAGAAGAAGCACUGCCUGCUGGAGCUGGGCACACGGGGCGUGCGGGAGCUGGUCCAGAACGAGAUCUACCCCAUUGUCAUCCACGUGGAGGUGACAGAGAAGAACGUCCGGGAAGUCAGUGACCCACCUCUCAGAGGGACAGCGGGGAGAAGGCUGGCUGCUCCGUCACCAGAAUGUAUGGCUCGUUGAUUUUUAACGGGCCUUUUUCACUCAGAAUCUGCACAUUAUGGAACAUUAAACAGUUUGUCAUAGAAGCUGGUGGCCUUUUGCUUGCUUGCCUCCCUGGCCCAGGGCCCCCUCUCCACUUCCUCCACUUGUCCCCACCCCCAGAUCAGACUGAUACCACCUCUCAGGCCCCCGCUUGCCCAUGGGAAGGGUCAGAUUUCGUUCCUGACUCAUCCCAGAGCCGCCGGCCAUCUGUGCUGGCAUCACCUUACCUGCCCCGAAUGACCAAAAAAGGGCCCCACAGACAGGCCACCUCCACACUCAGCCCCGCCUGCGUCUGAUCCUCAAAGGAGUGUCCCCUGGAGAGGGGACACUGAGGCUAGCAGGGUAUGGUCUUGGCUUAAGGAGCUCAGCUGCUGAGUCCAGGAGACCAAGAGCAAACCCUCUGCGCACAAUCAGGGCGUGAGACCGAUCCACCAGUGAGAGGACGGUCCGGGCGGGAUUACUACAGGGACUACUGCUUCCGCUUAGGGUCUGGGAUUCCUUCAAGAAGUAUUUAUUGGACCUAUGUGCCUAAGUGCUGUCCUUGGUCAACCUAGGACUGCCUUCUGUCACAGUGAUGAACUUGGGUCAGCAUCUG